ACAGCCCGAGACUAUGUUGUCACAUCUGCCACGUCUGCUCUUAUCGUACAUUAGCACCAUCACAAUGUACAGCCUGCGGUCAUCGCUUUUGUGGCCGCUGCGCCUGUGAGCGACAAAGUAGAAGAGCAGAAGAAGCAUCAUCUGAGCAAACGCAGCAACAACAAGAAGUUGUCGAAACAACUACUACUACCAAGCACUACGAGUCGCAGCAUACAACCAAAACCGAGCAUGGCGAAGAAACUCAUACCGAGAUGAAAUACGGAGAACAUCAUUUCGCCGUGCCUAGACGUUCUUCAAGUAUGGGAAGCACAAACCACAAGAUGCCGGACAAAAUAUUGACGGAGCAUGAAUCCGGAUGGCAUCAACAAAUUCAGUCAAGGUUCACAGAAGCAGGCAAACCACGUAACCGACAGACUGGAGCUCUAAAACAGAAUCCCUUCUUAGUUGCAGAUAAACGAGCCGGUGGAAAGGAUGAUAUAUCGCAACAAUCCAGCCAUGCUGCAACAAGAGAGAUUUUGAAGAAGGCGCUACCUAAUGCAGAACGGAAGGGCCAUGGUACGUCACACAUGGAAGAUAUUCAUGACGAUCAUGACGACAUACACACGCACCACUCACUUGGAUUUCAUGAUGCAUCUCAUAUAUCUGAACAUCUUGCUGCAGGUGCAGGGCGUGACUUCGCAGAAUUGCAAGCUAAAGCAUCCGAGACAGCACGUAGCAGACUUCGGAAGCGACCGGGUUCACAUGUGGCUGACCUCAAACAUCUCAAGCCGUUAACGCCUGUGCAAGCCUCUACAAAAUUGACUACAGAUGAAUAUUCCGAAAAUCCUGUCCCUUCCGGGCAUCCUUCGCACAAAUUAAGGCAUGUACAAUCUGGCAGGCUUGAUAAAGGCGACGAAAGUAGUAACAGCGAACACUUCGCCCACCAUAGGACAGUUAAUAAUACGACAUCGCCUGCUCAUCAUCACGGGGAAACACGCAAACAGCAUAAUGAAAUUAGCCAUCGCGCUAGACACCACGACCAAACGGGAACGGAAGAAGCUGGUAAGGCUACAAGCCGUCAUCACGUGGACAAUAGGGUCAGAAGGUUUGAAUCUGCAGAGUUCUGGAAUAAUGCAACCGAGGAAGCUCGGUCUCGUGUGAGAAAACAAGAAACAUCUGCUCAGAAACAGUCAGUCCACACAACUCGAGAAGCUGCACACGAAAUUUCCGAGAAUGCGACAAAUGCUGCUACCAGGAAGAUUUCGUCCUUGCAGCAGAAGAUUCAGGAAGCGGAGCUAAUGAAGGCUCAGAGUGGGAAUGCAGCCCAAUCAGGCGGCUUCAAAACCGAUAUCCCAUCAGCCCGAAUGACUACUCCACCAGACUGGCUGAAACACCCUCGAAAGCAGGCUGACCAGAAGUGGGUGCAUCAAAAGCUUCGUCAUGUCUCUUCAUUUGAACCACACACUGCAUGGAAGAGUCAUCAUCCGGAAGUUCAGUUCUCGCCCAGUCGUUCAAAAUCCUCCUUUCAAGAACGCAGGUCACCUGUAUAUUUGAAACCUCCCCUACCAAUCUCAGAGAGAGUAAAGCAACUGGAUAAAUUGCAGUCCUCCAACAAGAAAAUCAAGAAGACCGGGAGUGAAGAAUGGCUGGAGCAUCUGGGCAUCGGGAACGAUUUCUACUCGUCUCAAAAACUAAUGGCUCAAGACACACACCGUGCCACUGAAGCGCAAAAGACUCCAAUGUCAGCAUCCGAGGAGUACCUGGAAGAGUUCCGGCACCAAAGUCAGCAUCUCCAGGAGCGUUACAAAGAAGCCACUGUCCAGGCAGAGGCUGAGUUGAAUCGCCUCCGUGUCGAGAAAAGCAAGAACCACAGAGAUCGUCCGGAACGAGCACCUUCCGACAGGCCUACGGUCAGUGGUUUCUCUACACCGGUGCAGAUCCUCCAACCCAAGCGUUUCCUCCCUAGCCAGCGUCGUGAACAGGGAACGGCGCCAGGUGAUCACGAGGCCACCAAUUUCACCUCGGGCCGCAAAGAGGCACUGACGCGCGUCGACAAGCGGUCGGACCUUGAUCUGCAUCGUCCUUCGGCCGUGCCGCCGCCAAACCAUGAAUGCAGCUGGAAGGACCGUUAUAUGGAUCUCACAUCUGAGGUCCGACAGCUCAAGGCUGAAAUGUCUACUAUGGGACGUGUCGAGACAGAGGAGCAUGGAACCGCAUGCGAGGAUUCGACGCUGGGUAUUGAGGGUUUGACCAUUGUCAUGCAUCUCAAGAAUAAGGACGAUCUUGUGAUCAAUACGGACUUGACACAGGAGAGUGAUGAGUAGAAUUUUGUUGAAGUUCGGGCAUCGGUAAAAGGUCUUGUUCUUGGUGUUGCGCAUGAGUUUGUAAUUUUAUCAUGGACUAGAGGUAAGACUGAUUGGUUGGUAUGACACUCUCCAGACAUAGGUAUGCUGUAGUGAUAUAAUAG